AUGCCCACGCCCACGCUCAGAGAGUCAAAGGUUGACUGCCUGAUCAUAGGAGCGGGUCCCAGCGGACUUUUCUGCGCUAAUGGGCUUGCGAGGGCAGGCCUUAACAUUCGCAUAGUUGACAGACGACCAGAGCGAGUUUCGAAUGGUCACGCGGACGGCAUCCAGCCUCGUACAAUAGAGGUUUUCCAGAGCUACGGCCUCGAAGAGCGCUUACUCAAACAGGCCAAUCAAAUGCACAUGGCCGCCUUCUAUAAUCCUGGGGCAGAUGGUGGCAUCGAGCUUACCGAGCGUUGUCCCGCGGUCAAUGCGCCUGGCGCGCGCUACCCAUUUAAGGCCACCCUGCACCAAGGCGCUAUUGAGGAGAUUUUCGUCGACUCGAUGGAAUCAAUGGGUGUUCAUGUGGACCGCCCGACGGAGCCGCUGUCCAUGCACGCUUCUGACAACGCGAAGGAACUGAGCGACCCUCAGACCCACCCGAUACGCGUCGUCCUGCGCCACAUCGAUACCGGCGAGACCGAGCUCGUGCACGCCCGCUACGUCGUCGGCGCCGACGGCGCUCACUCUUGGGUGCGCAAGACACUCGGGAUAGCGCUGGACGGCGAGCAAACGAACUUUACAUGGGGCGUCAUCGACUGCGUCCCCGACACCGACUUCCCGGACAUCCGCAACUGGUGCGGCAUUCACUCGGCCAGCGGGUCGUGCAUGAUUAUCCCGCGCGAGGGUGAGAAGGUGCGACUGUAUAUUCAGCUGGACGAACGGAAAGCGGAGGAGUUCACGUCGGCGGGGCGCGUGGACAAGUCGAAGACGACGGUGGACCGGAUAUUAGAGGUAGCGCAAAGGACUUUCCAUCCGUAUAGGAUAGGUGUACAGGGCGACGCGGAAUGGUGGACAAUAUACAAGAUUGGACAGCGAGUCGCUUCCGCCUAUUCCUCCUUCAGCAAUCGUGCAUUCAUUGUCGGAGAUGCAUGCCAUACGCACUCUCCCAAAGCAGACCGUGCGGUCAUUUCAAGGACUCAAUGGCGCCCUGCUAACGUCCUACAGUACGAGCUCGAGAGGCGAACCUACGCACAAAACCUCAUCAACUUCGACAAGAAAUUCGCAGGACUGUUCUCCGGAAAGCCUCGAACGAAGGCAAACUUGAAUGGCGUUUCUCACAAGGACUUCUUGCAUGUCUACCGGACGGCCUCUGGCUUCACAAGCGGAGUCGGCGUCCAGUAUCACGAGUCUGACAUCGUCGACGGACGGUUCCAAUACUGUGCGCCGAGACUCAUUGUUGGACAAAGGAUGCCACCCUAUCCCUUUAUGCGCGCCGCGGACUCAAAACCGGUCGACAUACAGGACCUUAUUCCCGCCGACCUUCGCUUCAAAGUGCUCGUUUUCGCAGGCACCACCUCGGAUGCUUCGCAGCUACAAAGGGUGCAUGAACUCUCCCGGGAACUGGAGUGCUUCACGUCGUCGCAUUCGUUCGACUACAUCUUCGUCAGCACCGUCAAGAAGGGCGAGUUGCAGAGGGCACAGCUUCCUCCCUUAUUUGCGACCCAAUGGCCAGAAAAGAUUUUAGUUGACGACCUGGACGCCGGUCGACGGAUGGGUGGCCACGGCUACGCCGAGUUUGGGGUAGACGACCAUGGCGCUGUCGCCAUAGUGAGGCCAGAUGGCUAUGUUGGGAUGCUGGCGCCAUAUGACCAGGUGAAGGAGCUGAAGGCGUACGUGGCCAGGGUCUUUGUCACUCCGACUGGGAUGAGAUAGGCCUUGAACCACGGAAGGGGCGCGCGCAAUCCAAUGAAUGGUUGGCACAGUCUUCAGCGUAAAUUGGGAAGGAAUCGAGUCGGAUUGCUGCCCGUGAAACGAAC